CUGACUCUCAAGCUAACUCAGAGCCCUGCCUUUGUCCCAGAGCUGGCUGUAGGGAUAUAAAUAGCAUCCUAUGGGAACCACACUCUUCACCAGGAAACGGCGAAGGAGUUGCUGUGAGAUGGAGCAGAUUCAGGUGGACUUCUGGGGCCCAUAAUGUGCCCACAACCCUGCCAGAUCUUGUACUGCACUUUAAACACACCUAAAGUUGAUAUGCAGAGACUCCUAGGAGGGCAACUAGGUCUUGAAGAUUUCAUAUUUGCCCACGUGAAAGGACUAAAAAAAGAAGUGAAUGUGUAUAAAUCUGAGGAUUCACUUGGACUCACCAUUACAGACAAUGGUGUUGGCUGUGCUUUUAUCAAGAGAAUUAAAAGUGGUAGCAUUAUUGACUCAGUUAAGACAAUCUGUGUGGGGGAUCAUAUUGAAUCCAUCAAUGGAGAAAAUAUAGUUGGAUGGCGUCACUAUGAGGUUGCUAAGAAGUUAAAGGAAUUAAAAAAAGAGGAACUCUUUACCAUGACAUUAGUAGAACCUAAGAAGGCAUUUGAUAUAGGACCAAGGUCAAAAUCUGGAAAGACAUCGGCAGAAAAUAUUGGCACUGCCAGAGGGACACUGCGUCUGAGAUCAAAAGGUCCUGCCACUGUGGAAGAAAUGCCUUCUGAAGCCAAAGCAAAGGCGAUUGAAAAGAUUGACAGUCUUCUUGAAUUGUACAUGGGAAUUCGAGAUAUUGAUUUAGCGACCACAAUGUUUGAAGCUGGAAAGGACAAAGGAAAUCCCGAUGAAUUUGCUGUCGCACUUGACGAGACUCUUGGAGACUUUGCGUUCCCAGAUGAGUUUGUCUUUGACGUUUGGGGAGCUGUUGGCGACGCCAGGCAAGAGUGAUUUUGACGCGGAUGAUCCCGCUCUGAAGAAAGGAACCGUUGUUCUUAAAAAAAGGAGCACAACUCCUUAACUCUAAUGUAAUUUUAUGAGUAUGGAAUAUGUUCUUUGAAAUAUAAUUUUGAUUUCUGGAUGUUUUUAUGAUAAAGAUAAGUAACCUAAAAUAUGAUCUGUUUUAACCUUCAUUCAAAAGCUUUUUCAAGGAAGUUUAAAGGAAUAUUCCCACAUGGAUGAUUUUGCCCCCCAUUAAUACACCUAGCUUUGUUUUCCACAGUAAGUAAUUGAUCGCAAUAACUUUGUAAUUUUUUUGCUACUUUUUAAAAAAAUCUUAAUGUAAUAAACAUUUGGAUUGGAAUAUGAUAUAUCUCAUAACAUCUUAAUUUUGUUAUAUUAGCUUGAGUAGAAUAUGCACAGAAAAAGAAACGUGAUUUACACUUUUAAAAAAAAAUUUUUUUUUAUCCAUUGAGUAAGGGAAGGAAGAUUCCUUUGGCUUGUUUUUUUACAUGACAUACAUUCUCUGUCAAAAAAAUUGAUUUUUUUUUUGCGUCUUUGUGAUUGCUCUUAGAACUUGUAGUUGGAAUCUGUUAUGUGUGUAUGUGUAAUUGCAUAUGUGCAUGCAUGUGUAUGUGUGUGUGUGUGUGUGUCGGUAUAAAAAAGAUAUAAUUAGGGAGGACCAUUUGUGGGGUUUUUUUGCACCUCUUAAAAUAUUAUUUCUUUUUUCAUUCAUGGCUACUUUUAUGUUACCCUUUAUAAACAUUCCAGGGAAGAUUUGUACUCUUUGUAGUAUUUUUCUUGUGAAAGAGAUUUACUUUUGAAAGAUAUUUUGGAAGAUAUUUUCUUUUGAAAGAAAAUAACUAUGUUUGAAGUUUUUUUUUUGGGGGGGCUUAAGCAGUAAUCCUUUUCAGCUUUCUAAACUUUAGAGGACAUAUUAUCAGGAAUAGAUUUCCCCCCCAGUGGAAAUACAGGAGGAAAGGAGAGUGAGAAAAUGUAUUAGUCUAUUAUUUUAGAGUUCUAACACACUACCUCUAAACCUUACAUUAUCAAGAAAAUUGAGGAUAAAUGACAGUCUUAUCACUCUGAUUUGACAUUUUACUGAUGCAAGAGAGAUAGAAAUGAGUGGUUUCAACAUAGACAGUUUAAGAAAGCAAAGCAUGGUGUGACCAAGCAUUCUUCUAAAGUGUUAGAUGAAAAACGCUAUGUGCUGCCACGGUAAUCAGAAAUAAUAACCUGUAAGAGACACAUUCUAGGAAAUCAGAAAGAGUGCCCUUUUCCUGCUGGGUUAUUGCUUAGAUAGUUCUGUUUUGUGGUAAAACUUUACUUUUACUGCUAUCCACUCCCAUGUAAAGUAAGCUUAACCGAUAGUCUUUGUUCGAAGCGGUCAUUAAUGUGCAACAAAAUACCUUGUAGAAUAUGGGUGGUUUUAUUGUUCGUGCCCACCAUUUGAAAAUAGGAUCCAGCUCAGCUGUACUUUGUUGGUACUUGUUGGUGUUUUUUUUAAAGGAUAUUUCAGAAUACCUGUUAAAUGUUAAUAUCGCCUCUCUUAGGCAUAAAAACAGAGCUGAUGUUUUUAGGAAUGGAAAAUUAUUGGAUGAUUUAGGAGGCCCAUAGAAAUAUUUCAGUUGAGGAAACAAUGAAAAUAUAAAAAUUUUGCCUUAAGAUUCAAAA